CCGGCGGGGGUGGGGGGGUGGGGGCCGGGUCCCACCACCGCCGCUCCGGAGCCGCCCCGUGCCCCGCUGCCCGUCCCGGCGGGCGGCGGCGGCCGGUGCUGAGCCCUCGUCGCCGUCCGCAGGGCCGCGGGCAUGGCCGCCCGCAUCCUGCACCGCCUGCGGCACGCGCUGGGCAGCGAAGGCGGCAGGGAGGAGCGGGCGCGCGACGGCUGCGAGGCCGAGGACUGCCCCGAGAGCUCGGAGCUGGAGGACGACACCGAGGGGCUGUCCACGCGCCUCAGCGGCACCCUGAGCUUCGCCAGCCACGAGGACGAGGAGGAGGAGGAGGAGGAGGAGGAGGACGGCGCUGGCGAGGAGCCGGGGGAGCUGCCGGAGCCCACGGGGGAGGCCGUGGGCACAGAGGAUGGAGGCAGGUGCCGGGACCCGGUGUCCUGGGAGUGGGACCCGGCAGCGAAGCCCCCCGGCGGCAGCCUGCUGACCCGCCAGCUGCAGGAGCUGUGGAGGAAGUCACGGAGCAGCCUCGCGCCGCAGCGACUGCUCUUCGAAGUCACCAGCGCCAGCGUGGUUAGCGAGCGCUCCUCCAAGUACGUGGAAGAGGCUGCGGCGCAACUUCACGGCCGAGACCAUCGCCAAGCGGAGCCGAGCCUUCGAGCAGUUCCUGUCCCACCUGCACUCCAUUGCCGAGAUCCGCCGCUCCCCCGAGUUCCUCGAGUUCUUCUUCCUGCAGGACCUGCGGGCCGCCCAGCGCCUGACCUGCACCGGCAUGUACCGCGAGGCCCUGGCCACCUGGGCCAACGCGUACCGGCUGCAGGACCGGCUGGGGGUCUGCGGCUCCGGCCGCUUCCUGCUGACGCUGGCCGGGCUGGCCGUCUGCCACCAGGAGCUGGACGAGCUCGGCGAGGCGCACAGCUGCUGCGAGCAGGCGCUGCAGCUGCUGGAGGCCCAGGACAGCCACCCGCUGCUGGGGCCCUUCCUCCAGGCCCACGUCCACCUGGCCUGGAAGGUGGGCAAGGACAAGCGGCAGUCGGAGGCCCGGCUGCAGGGCCUGCAGGAGGCCGGGCUGUCCCUGCAGCAGCAGCCCAGCCUGAAGGAGUGCCUGAUCAAGGAGCCUCUCGAGUGAGCCCCCUCGGGCAGCGCCGGGCUCAGGGUCCGCAGGGGGCGGCACGGCUCGCGCACCAGGGCGGGAGCCGGGGGCAGCGAGGGUCGGGAGGGGGCACGGAGACACAACCCACGUGUGGUGGCUGGGAGCUGCCCCUCGGAAACGCACUUUCUGUGUCAGUGCUUCCUUCGGCGCCGGGUGCUCGCUGCCUGCACCCCCUGCCUGCCGGGGAGCCGGCCGCUCCGCCGCGGGGGGCUUCCUGAGGUGGACGGGGCUCAGCCGGCACUCACAGGCACCGCGUUAAAGGGACGGGAAGGCUUCUGGCCAGGAGCUUCCAGCAACACGCACAAAAAAGGACUUUAUUAAAUAAAGUCUUGGUAGGAAAAAGA